GUCAACAUGGCAGAGCGCAGGCCCGCGGGUGGAUUCCAGGUUAGUGGGCAAAAUGAUGACACCAGGGUUGAAUUGGGGCGUAUGGUGAUGGAGAGACUCCUCUCCAAACUGCAGUAUGCAUUGAGUCGGCAGCCACUUGACUUGGAUUACUGGCAAUUUAUUUGCAGUCAUGAACUUAUUUUCAUCACAUCCAUUCUUAAUCAAAUUACUUUCCCACAUGAAGUACUUAAUGAACUAUCCAACUUAAAAAAUACAGUGGAGAGGCAAAUUGAAAACAACUGUGCACCCAUAACUGCCCUAGAAGUGCAAUUUGGAACGAAGGGACUUCCAAAGUUUCUUAUUUCUAAAGAAUAUCUCCAGAAUCUUGUGAGCAUGCAGCUCUCUAUUCCAUGCAUUGCUCAGCUUCUUGGUGUGUCAACCAGGACUAUUAAUCGCCGUCUCAAUGAGUAUGGUAUUUCUAUAAGAGAUACAUACACAACGAUAACAGAUGAGGAACUUGACAACCUUGUCAGCUCAGUAAAGGCUGAAAGUCCACAUCUUGGCCACAGAAUGAUGAAAGGACAGUUGCAAGCACUGGGUCACCGUGUGCCAUGGACAAGGGUGUGGGAUUCUAUGCAUCGAGUGGACUCUGCUGGAAUACUUUCAAGAGUGACGCAGCCAGUUCCUGGAAGGCCACAGCCCUGCAGAAUUUAG